AUGGCCCCCGCGCUGCUGCUGGUCCCGGCCGCGCUCGCGUCCUUCCUGCUGGCCUUCGGCACCGGCGUGGAGUUCGUGCGCUUCGCCUCCCUCCGGCCUCUGCUCAGCCGGGCGCCGGAGCCCGCGGGCGCCGAGGCGCCCCGGGGCUGGCUGGCAGCUUUUCAGGACCGCGGCGUCCUGGCUCCCCUGGCGUGGGAUCUGGGGCUCCUGCUGCUGUUUGUGGGGCAGCACAGCCUCAUGGCGACUGAGCCGGUGAAGGUGUGGCUGUCUCGGCACUUUGGGGUUCUGCAGAGGUCUCUGUACGUGGCCUGCACUGCGCUGGCCUUGCAGCUGGUGAUGCGAUGCUGGGAGCCCGUCCCCAGAGGCCCUGUGCUGUGGGCCGCUCAGGCCGAGCCCUGGGCGACCUGGGUGCCCCUGCUGUGCUUCGUGCUGCACGUGGUGUCCUGGCUGCUCAUCUUCAGCAUCCUCCUCGUCUUCGACUACGCGGAGCUCAUGGGCCUCAAGCAGGUGUACUACCACGUGCGAGGGCUGGGCGAGCCCCUGGCCCUGAAGUCCCCCCGCGCUCUGAGGCUCUUCUCCCACCUGCGCCACCCCGUGUGCGUGGAGCUGCUGACGGUGCUGUGGGUGGUGCCCACCCUGGGCACCGACCGGCUCCUCCUCGCCCUCCUCCUCACUCUGUACCUGGGCCUGGCCCACGGACUUGACCAGCAAGACCUCUGCUACCUCCGGGCCCAGCUGCAAAGAAAACUGCACCUGCUCUCCCGGCCCCAGGAGGGCGGGCCCGAGUGA